GGCGGAGGGAUGGGCGAGGGCGGGGCAAUGGAACAGGUGCUUAAAAAUGAGCCAGGUGAGAGUGGAGCUACAGCAGAUCCUGGAGCUCAGAUCGUUUACAGCGUCCCUCGACAGUAAACUAGUAAACCUUAAAGAUGAUCAAAGCACCACUCUCUGCUCUCCUGCUCCUGGUGGCUAUGACCUCCACUCUUGGCAAAUACAUCCCAAAGAGUGGGAAGAGGAUCCCUCAGACUCUGUCCAGAGGUUGGGGUGACCAGCUGAUCUGGGCUCAGACUUAUGAGGAGGCUCUGUACUGGUCUAGGUCAAAGAACAAGCCUCUGAUGGUGAUCUUCCAUCUUGAGGACUGCCCACACAGCCAGGCAAUGAAGAAAGCUUUUUCUGAAAACAACGAGAUCCAGAGGACUUUGGAUGAGGACUUCAUUGUUCUCAACCUGGUGUAUGAAACAACAGACAAACAUCUGUCUCCUGAUGGACAGUAUGUUCCCAGAUUAAUUUUUGUUGACCCUUCGAUGACCGUGAGAGCUGACAUCACUGGUCGCUAUGCCAACCGCAUGUAUGCCUAUGAAACAAGCGACACUAAGCUCUUACUGAGCAACAUGGAGAAAGCAAAGAAGCUCCUGAAGUCGGAGCUGUGAACUCAAGGAUGAAACAUUUUGAUUUGUGAUUAUUGCCCAAACAGAGCACAAAGGUGCUGCCACCACAGUUUACACCUGGGAAACUAUGCACUGAAAAGUUUGUAUCCCUCCUCAUGGUUCCUUAGUUUAAUUAUUAUCAGUGUAUGUGUAGAAUGACGUUUAAUAAAUGUGGCUCUGUUCAUACCUA